AUGGCACGGCCAUUUGGCUAUGUGGACCCGAACUUUCCCAAUCCUGGUGGACCAAAUGAUACCAGCACCAUAAUAUACGGCUAUACGCAAUCUAUCGCCAUAGCAGCUUUUACUGCUGCAUGGUUCUUUUUUCACUUUAUCACUCACACUGUGCAAAACUGGAAAUUGCGAAGCUGGUGGUGGAUGACCUUCUCUACUGGCUUGGUGUUCGAGAUCAUCGGCUACAUCGCGUGGAGUUUAUCAGCCAAGAAGGACCCUUACAGCCUCAUCUUCUUCGUCCUCAAUUACUUUUUCAUCGUGACGGCGCCGGUCAUCUUUGCUGCGGGAAUUUACACCGUUCUUUCAGCUCUUAUUUCCCGACUAGGAAAUAUGUACUCCUUCCUCCGUCCAGCAGUCAUCCUGGGAUUUUUCAUCAGUUCAGAUGUGAUUUCAACCAUCGUCCAAAUUGCUGGCGCCCGCCUGGUUGGCGUGAAAGAGUCUCGGCGACAAGAUCCCACCACUGCAAACAACGUUCUUCUGGCAGGUCUUGCGUACCGGGUAUUUGCUAUGAGUAUUUUUGUCCUGCUAAUGUCGACAUUCCAACUUCGAGCUCGCCUUGCAAUCAAGGAGCAUGGUCUACCAGUCUUUCGUCUGUCCUUGUCCAUCUCAACGCUCGUGGUCUACAUGCGCACUAUCUUCCGUCUCAUUGAGACGGCCGAAGGUCUAGGCGGGAAGUUAUCAACACGUGAAGUCUAUUUUGCAGGUCUCGAAUUUGCCCCUAUUGCGCUUGUGGCUCUUCUGUUUUGUAUUUGGGAUCCGGGUCGCUGA